GAGUAGAGUUUUCGAACGCAGCCCAGCACUCCCAUUCACGGUAUUGAAAAGUGUAUCCAACAUCUUCGAUAUUAUAUAGUCAAAGAUAACUAUAUAAAUAAAGGGAGACCCAUGCGGCAAGCUUUUCGGUUCGUCGAAUAAAAUAUGCCGAGCAUAGAACCGGGAUGUCAACAAAGCACUGUAAGGGUACCAGAUGCAGAGAUGUUCCCAUCCGACUUUUUAGGCACCGAUUUUGCUUGCUCUAAUGAUGACGUGUAUGGAAUAUUCAGUAGUAAACUAGGAAUGGCUCUAGGAAUGGAAGAAAAAGAGAUGGCAACAGAGACAUCGUCUUUCCCAUUGUUCGAAGAGUUAGAAUUUAAUCUAGAAAAUACUUCAGAAUCUGAACUUGAAGGAAUCAGUGAAAUAAAAAAUGAAAUUAAAUCAGAACCUGAAAGUCCUCCUGAUGCGCGAUAUACUUUUAUGUCACCUGUUAACUUGACAUCAACCGUUCAUUUAGAACCUAGUGGUGAUUCAAAUGGACAAAUUACAAGUUUGGUACAAGAUGUCUCGGAUUCAAUAGAAAAUUUCAGGUUCAAUGCACCACUGCUCCCUGCUCUACAGUGUACACUCUCGUCACCGCAAUCAUCUCAAGCUUCAUCGUUCGCGUCAAAUGCAAUGCAGCAGGUUAAUAGUAUACAAAAGGAUGUAUCUGUCAACCAGCACAAUAUAAAGCACGCAACUUACAGUCUUGCGAAAGCAGAUAAUGCUGAACACAGUUUUAUGUGGCCUGCAGAUAUUGGAAAAGAUGGUAAACAGCACAAUGUGAUCACUUUUCAAAACUGUGCAAAGGUAAUGAGAUAUACAAAGCCAGAGCAAAUGUUAUCUUCUCGAACAUUAUCGGAAACUGAACCUAUUAGUACACAGAAUUCAUCAAGUUUUAUGCGUGAAUUGGAGGGCAAGCAGAGUGAAACCAAGAGUACUAUGUUUCCACGCAAUGUAAAAAUAAUCAAUACUAUGUCAAACAUUCGUCCGGUGAACAUUGCCGAGUCUGUGGUUGCCCCUAGCAUUCUGAACAAUGAUUCCGUACUAUGUAAUAUUGUUCACGAUUCCAUAAGAAAUAAUAUACCAUUUCCAUUAAUGCAAAAUAAAACAAGUUCCAGCCCACUAAUUAUGAAAUCGGAAGCAAACGUAAAUUUACCAAAAGAGGAUGAGGAAUAUAGAUUAAAAGCAUACAAGAGACAACAAAGGAUGAUAAAGAACAGGGAAUCUGCUUGUCUCUCGCGUAAAAAGAGAAAAGAAUACGUAUCCUCUCUGGAACGACAGGUAUCUGACUUGAAAGAAGAGAACAAGCAGCUAAAAUUGGAGAACGACAUCUUAAAGCAGAAAUUAAGGAUAGAAAUGAAGGACAGUAUUAUAUGUGAAAAUGACAAAUCUGGUAAUUCAAGUUUGGGGUCAUUACUGAAAACUACUUCAAGGAAACGCUUUGCUAUCUUUCUAUUUUUGGCCUUCGUAAUAUCCAUCCAUGUUAAUUGCCGUAGCGGAUCGUUUUCACAGGAUUUACAGUUGAAAACUAAUCCCGAUAAUUUGCAAAUAAUUAUGCCAGACAUUACGCAUAAUGUACACACGAGAAGAUUACUCUGGACGGUUGAUGGAAAUAACAGUAUGAAUGAUCAAAUCGACGAGAAUUUUAACAAGAGCAUACCAAUACAGCCAGUAUGCCCAAUGUAUAUCAAUCAGAGCGAGUCUAUACGUCUAGAUAGUGAGCUAAGACGCUGGAUCGAUGGUGAAUCUGAUCAGGAUAAUCGGACCACGUUAAAAGAAAUGAAAUUAACGAAUAUGUCGAACGUAGCAUUGUCGAGAUCGUCGUUGGAAGAAAAGCCGAAGAGAAGGCUGUACUUACCACGUGACAGAAAACUAAAGACUAUGCAGAAAAUGAUCGAUGUUCAUGAUGUUGAUGAUCAAUAUUCAAACGACAACGCGGUCCAAGUAUUUUCUCCGAUAUUGAGCAAACACGCUUCUCUGUUCGAGGCUUUAGGGAGGAAAGACGAUACGUUCUACGUCGUCUGGUUUAGUGGCGAGCAUUUGCUUUUGCCAGCUUCCCGGAAGAACGACACAGCUAGGCCUAAAAUGUCUCUAGUUCUACCUGCUGUGUCGAUAAAUGGCACUUUUUCAACGCCACCUAAUCAUAUAACAAUGAUGCAAAUCGACUGCGAAGUAACAAAUACGCAAUUGUUGCAUUUGCAACAGUCUAUUAUACCUGUUCACUUACGAAACGGUAAAUCCACAAGUCAAUCGGACCGAUCUCACUCCGUUGAGGACAUAGUUGACCCAUCCGUGGCCAAUCUUACUAGAAAUUACAAACCGUAUUUUAUGCGGGAAGCAAAUCGAAAGCAACGAUAUAGAAAAGAUAUCGCGUAACGAGUAUGAAUCGUAUUAGGGACCUUGAGAUUUUGAUCUUGAGUUUUCUUUAUUAUCACAGACACAAUUCACUGUCGUACUACAAAUUUAAGAAAACUAUCAAAUGAAAAUUGUGCUAUUUGAUGUUUUCAUCUUGCUUUUUUUCUUCCUAUCUGUGAUAAAAUACUUUAUUUAAUUAUCUUUGAAUAAAA